CAGGCUUUUCCAACCCGCACAUGCACCUGGGAGUCAGCUGUCAACCCGUAUUCCAACAAAAAUUAUUGCCUUUUUCGGUUAACCGCUGCCUCUCGUUGCAAAACGAUCUAAUCUGAAUCCCUAACGAAAAGAGCCACACGAGUUGCAACCAUGACUGGCCGCGGAAAGGGCAAGUCUGCGGGAAAAAAGGCUGUUAGCCGCAGCGCUAAGGCCGGACUUCAGUUUCCCGUGGGCCGCAUCGCCCGCUACCUCAAGAAGGGGAAAUACGCAGAUCGCAUCGGAGCAGGCGCACCCGUGUACCUUGCGGCAGUACUAGAAUACCUGACUGCGGAGGUGCUGGAGCUUGCGGGGAAUGCUGCCCGCGACAACAAGAAGAACCGCAUCAUCCCGCGCCACAUCCAGCUGGCCAUCCGCAACGACGAGGAGCUGGGCAAGCUGCUGGGCGACGUGACCAUCGCUGCCGGUGGUGUGCUGCCCAACAUCCAUGCCGUACUGCUACCCAAGAAGACCAAGGGCGCCAAGGCGGAGGACGGCUCAGCGGCUGUGUAAGAGGGUCUUUUAGGGUGUAGGGAGCCGUUGAGAGUACUUGUUAGCCAUUCAUUAGUAGCAACCUGUGUUGGGUGCAAUUUAGGUCAAAUAGCGCUUUAGCUGCAGGAUAGUUGUGAUGUACUUAUGGUUGGUUCUUGUUUAGCGCACUAGUGUGUUGCCGGUUGCCUAGCAUUGCAGUGGGGUGCACAUUUUAUCAUUCAUGCAGGAGUUGCGGAGGGCCGCUGUUGCGGGUUGUUAGACCAGUUACACCUUGCAAAGCUGAGUGCAGAGGGAGAUCGCGGGUAGCAGACAUACACAUAUAGUACGUUUCGCCUCGCGGCCACAACACAUACAGUACGUCUGUUGCGCAGCUGCUGUAAAGUUGUUGUUGCCGAA